AUGAAUUGGCUCAAGUCAACUCUGUUGCCCAGCAAACCUCCGAGACCCCCCUACACUGUCCUUACAAAGGAUCACUUGCGAUGGAAGGCCCACCAGUACACCAAUGUCGAAACCCAGACCUUCUACGUUAUGGCAGACAACGGUACCUUGGUCUUGGCCCAGGUGAUCUACAGCAACAUUGCAGGUAUCCAUACCACCGCUGUCUUCAACACCAAGAUCUUCGACCUGAGCGGAGAGGGCAAGCACAUUUGGCACUCUGAUGCCCUCUCGAACUUCAUGUUCGACGAGCAGAUGCUUUGCUUCGGCGCUGAUAACAUGACCAUCACCCUCAACGAGGAGGGUGAUGCAUACCACAUCAAGUCCACCGUCAACCAGGACAGCCUUGUUGACCUCAAGUUCACUCGCAAGGCUCCUGGCUUCGCUAUCGGAAAGGAUGGUACCUCUUACUUCGGAACUGACCCCAAGAACCCCUGGGGCUCCAUGACCCACUCCUUCUGGCCCCGCUGCGCCGUCGAGGGAUCCAUCACCACUAAGGACAAGACCUACGACCUUGCCGGUCGCGGUGUGUUUAUCCCCGCUCUGCAGGGCAUGAAGCCUCACCACGCAGCUGCUCGUUGGAACUUCCUCAACUUCCAGACUCCCACUUACUCUGCCAUCAUGAUGGAGUACACCACUCCCCCCUCUUACGGUUCCACCAAGGUCAACGUCGGUGCUAUCCUGAAGGAUGAUGAGAUCGUCUAUGCAGGUGUCAACAACACAGCUACCCACACUGGAUCGACAAGUGACCCUGACAGCGAUUGGCCCGAGCCUACCUCUAUCAAGUGGGAGUGGGCCGGCCAGACCGCUGACGGCCAAGAGCUGUCAGCUGAGGUGGACGGACCCCUCGGUAAGAGAUUGGACCGUAUCGAUGUCAUGGGUGAGGUGCCUGGCUUCAUCAAGGCCAUUGCUGGCAGUGUGGCUGGUACCAGGCCGUACAUCUACCAGUUCUCCCCAACGGAUAAGCUGUCACUGAAGCUUAAGAUCGGUGACACCGAUAUUACCGAGGAGGGCUUCAUGUUCUCAGAGUCCACUUUCAUCUCGUAG